AUGGCCCCGAAAAAGGCUGCAAAAAGGCCCGCUGCUACCCGGACUUCAAAGCGGCCAAUAAAAGGCCCUUCUCAGGCGUUGCGAUCUGGCGCACCCAGACAGGCAGAGGACAGCCUGGGAUCCCUAGUCACCAGGAUGGCUGGUGAUCCAGCAGCUUUAACACGUCUCGCGGCUGAGGUGGACGGCCUCAUUCGGCGAUGUUCAAUGCAGUCUUCUGCCCCAGGGGGGCCAGCUUCCACGGUUGGCCCAUCUUCGCCUGCAUCUUCAUCUUCUAGCGAAGAUGGGGGAGAGGCAGUAGUUGCUGGGGUUUCAGUGCGGGCUUCUCAGCCAUCACAGCCCCCGGUCUUACCUGUUGCGCAGGUUGGCUCACGGGGGCCGAGACGUACCACACGCCGUUCGGCUGGGAGGCAGGCCCUUAUGGCAUCUCCCUCCUGGGUAGUUUCGCCUACUCAGUCUACUGCGGAUGCAUUGUCGGGGCCUAGUCAUUCACGUAGGGUCUCUUCUCAGUCUGUUCCAGGUACUUCACAGCAGACAGUAGACUUGGAGUCCUCGGAUGAGGAUAGUCUCCCUACUCCUGCGAGAACAUCAUCUGGGGGGCAUCGUUGCCGCAGGAAGAGGGCUAAGAAGCGGGCCAAGAGGAGGAAGGUUGACACUUCAUCUUCUUCUUCUUCUGGUACGUCUUCGAGUUCUGAUGACGAGACAGAGGCAUCUUUAGACCUUUACUGGGGUUUUGGUGAAGAGGCCGGGGGGUUUCCCAAAUGGAUUUGGGAACGGAGGGCCAAUUCGCACCGAGCAAGGUACGGUGCGGUCCAGGAUUGCCGUGAUGGCGUGCUGGUGCCUGAGGUGAAAGUCUCCACAAAUUCUGUGAGGGACAUCAUACCUGGGGCUCAUUUGUCAACUAAGUUGCGGGCUAGAAUUUUAAACGGCCGCUACGUGGAUAUAUUUAAAUUAGCACCCCCGCCUGCAAGUCCUGAUUCUCAGGAGAAGGAUGAUUCUUCCAAAAAACGUGCUGGGUCUAAGAAACUGGAGAAGACGUUUGAGCGCUGGCUCGAUGGCUUCCAGGUUUUUGCUGGAAUUGUAGUAAUGGCUUAUCCACGCAGAGCCCAUCACUUGAUGGUCUAUUUGUCCAUCGUGCGCUCUGCUUUCACUAUGGCAGGCCAAUUGGCUGCGAUAGCGUAUGAUGUAAAUUUUAGACGCAGGGCAGCUAAGAUUUCUUCGGCUCGCUGGGAUCGUAAGGAUUUGGACGUGUGGACCACCUACGUGGUUCCACACAUUGAAAAGAAAGCCCUGGAACAGCAGAAGCCGAAGGCGGGUCCAUUCAGACCCACACGCAAACUUACUUGCUGGGAUUUUAACAAGGGUUCCUGUCAGCGCCAGUUCUGUAAAUUUUCCCAUGUGUGUGACAAGUGUACCGGGGGUCAUCCUGCUUCCACUUGUUUGGGCAGUCGGCGGCCCUUUCGUGGAGGAAAAGGGGGCUCCCAGCAGCCCCCAAAGGCUGCCACUCCCGCCUCCACCUCUGGAACAGGGAAGUAG